CUAGCAUACAACAUGUUCAGUUGAGAAGUAGUGGUUCUUGUACCAGUAGACUUUAGUAGAAGAAGGCCACAUCAAGAAACUCCAAGAUGGCUCCUCCCAUGGCUGGCGAAGUGCCUCGCGACUAUGUCUUCUCGCGGCAGUCGCAGGCCCAAAGGCAGCUGCAUGCAGCACGCGUGUAUGAAGCCUUGAAUGGCCACGAUCACGGUCGAGUCGAUCCAAAUCGCUAUACUUGCGAUUACAUGGCUACGCUGGCUUCCAGCUACAUUUCAAGAAAUGACCUACGAGGGAUGGAAAUGGUAUUGACUUCUUUUUUUACAGAUCAUACUACAGUAGGUAUGAAACAGGAAGGCGAUGAACAUGAGGGCGAUACGAUCCAACCACUUCAGGCUGGACUUGCUCAUGAUCAACAAUCACUUACAUCUGGGUUACAACUUCAUAACUAUAUACAGUAGGUAGUAACAGAAGGAGAGAAAGUAGAAGCUUUGAAGUUAAUUUAAGAUUAUCGGACGAUGACCAGAUCCAAGUCCAACGUGGUUCGGACUUUCGUUUACUUACGUUAAUUCGAGGUUGAGCAGUAGUCCCAACUCGCCCUCUCUCCUCAUCUACUUGAUGAAUCUCGAUCUUCGUCAGGUCAAGGAGCUCCUAGCCGAGAAGUUUUCAAGCGAAGAGAUUCCUCUCAAUUUCCGGUCAGUCGUCUCUCGUCCUCACCGCGCGCUCGAUCUGGCUGAAGCGCACGUCUUGCGAGGCGUGUUGGCUUCUAAGAUCAUCACAGCCCAGGCACAGCCGAAAGGUGUUGUGGUGGUCCAAGGGACGGCUGGUAUGGAUUCGCAGUAUCGGCAGACGAAAGAGGAUCACGCCGCUGGAGCGCUUUCGAAGUCGCCGGUGAUCAAUCCGGAAACGGAGAAAUUCGCGAAGUAUGCCAUUGCCAUCACGGAUUUUUUGUUCGAGAUGAUCCGAAUCAUCAAGAGAAGUGAAAAUAGACUGGAAAUGGACGAGAUCAAGCUCCUAUCGGGCAUGUACGAUAUAGACCGCGUCUGGUACGACAAAAUCGUGCACGUAUCCUGCACUGCGCGCGAGAUUCUGGCGACGGAAUACGCAGCAAGGAACCAGAUUGUGGUCGAACGACGCCUAAAGCGAGUUCUCCGGAGCUUCCUCGACACCAUGUGCUCACAGUUCACAGGGAUGUAUCUGUAUGGCAUCAAAAAACAGACACCUAGUCAUAGUCCCCCGUAGAAAGAUAGACAAUGCUAGACCACUAUGGAGGUACUUAACAAUUUUAAGUACUAGAGCGAAAGCACUGUAGAUGAUGAUGUAGAUGACGGAUUCUUUCCAGUGAAAAUGAAUGUUAAAAAUGUUGUACUAGUACUUACAUUAUUAAAAAGAAUGAAGCGAAGAACAGACUACGGACGAAGACGAAGCAACUCUUCGCACAAGGAAAAUCAUGUAAACCACAAUUGUCGUGUAACUCCUCUCUUGUUUGCUUUCUCGUCCUUGAUCAAUUUCGUUCAUCUAAAUUCAUUUUUGUUACUACCCUACAUGUACAUGUAGUUAAUAACCAACUACGAACUGUGGUUUAAAUUUUCAGGUUGAUCUUCCUUCUCUCACCCUUCUGAAGCCCAAUCUUCAUGCAUGUGAAGUGAAGAACGAGUUGCGCGAGAAAGAGAUCGAUCGUCUAUUGCGUGUGCGUCACAAUUGGAUGCGUCUACGUGCAAAAGUUCAGAGUAUCGUGAAAUUGGGCAAAUUGGGACGUCCUGCUGGAGCUGCACUCACUGGAGCUGAUGCAGCUGCAGCAAGCCCUGGCGUUGCUGGGGAGCAACAGCAAGCAGCGACAGCAGCCGCGGGAGACGCUGCUGCAGCUGCAUCCACCGUUGCGCAACCUGUGAUGCCAACUGCGGACGGAGCUGGAGUCACGUCUGGGUCGGCAGAGGCAGCAGCAGCAGGUACGACAGAGGCUGCUACAGCAGAUGGCGUUGCUCAUCAAGCUACCGAUGCCACUGCUGAGGCAGCAGCUGUUGCACCAGAGAAUGUCGGCACCGACACGAAAGCCGAGGCCGAGUCGGAAUCUGCCGAUGCCACCGCGGCCCCAGGUGGUGAAACUGCAGGUGAACGUGAACAACCUGCGCCAGGAGUUCCUGUAGUAUCCGAUGAUCCGGCACCAGUUGGCGAUGCUCCAGCUGGUGCCGACGUGACCGACCCUGAACAUGCAGAAGAGACAAGCGCGCCACAAGCUGAAGGCGAUCAUGCGCAGGUAGCCGCGGAAGAUCCUGCAGCAGUAGCAGCUGUAGAGAAACCAGCAGAAGAAGAGCCUCCUGCUAUUGUAACAGCUGAAGCGGCCACUCAUCAGGAUGCAGCGAAGGCUCUUGCCGACGGAGAGCAUCAGGAAGCAGCUCCCGUUGCUACGCCUGAAGCGGGUGCCACAGAAGCGACUGCUGGACAAGAAAAGAAAGAAUCUACGCCGCAAGAGGAAGUCGAGGCGCCGCCAGAUGCUGUGCCUGACCAAGCGGAGGCCGCAAACACCGAAGGUGGGCACGAAGCCGAUGGUCCCACGUCCGCAGAAGAACCGGUGACGGAUGCUGUGGAACCCGAACCUCCAGCUAAGGAAGAUGUUAUAGAAGCGCGUGGUGAUGCUGUGGAACCCGAACCUCCAGCUAAGCAGGACGAUCAAGGUGCAGAUGCCGGCGGUGCACCAGCCGCCGCUUCUCCGGCGAAGUCCCAGGUCGUACUUGGUAGUGCGAACGAGAUAAACGAAAUCAGAAAGGACAGGCCUCUCCGGGACUUCAGUCUAGCAGAUACGGCAAUGGUGGUCGUGGAGACAGACAAAGGUCUGGAACAAUUGGGUGGGCCUGAUGGCGAUGAGGAGAAUGAGGCAGAGAAUGCGUUAGAUGAUGCGAGACUCGACGAAAUCGAGUUCGAUUUGUCAGACAUGGACCUCAUAGCAAGAGAUGGCUUGGGAGACCUGUACCGCAAAGUUGCAGGCAUAACCGACUUCGUCGAGGAAGAUACUGUUGCGGUACAAUUACGGAACGCAUACAACACAGCUCAAACUUAUUUUGGAUUUCAUCUGUUGUUGCAGUUGUCCAUAUUCCACUGACUGUGAGUAAGUAAUUGUCUUUCUUCUAGUACUUCUGCAGAAAUUGAAAUGAGUGGUCGAACUUCUAGUUCAUCUUGUUUUGCUUCUGUUCGUUCUUCUUCUACUCGUCGUGUUUCAUCACCCUAAAAAUAUGCUAGUUUGUUCUUGUAUUUCCAGCCUUUUGUAUUAUUAUCAUUAUAUAUAAUUCGCUUUCUCCUUCUCGUGAAACCAGGUUCAGUCAGCGUCUUCUUCGUCUCCUGCGUCGUCGAGCAGCUCUUCGUCGUUCGAGGAGCCGUUGAUUACGCUACAGAAAGUUGCUGCGGCGGGUAGCGGGGAAGCGCAAGUAGAGGACGAACACGAGGCCUUGAUGGGGGACCAGGAGAUUGUAGUGUACGACGACGGCGUCGACCGCACAUGGGAGAUUCUCGGUAAGUACCUCGAGCGCGCUGGCCUCGGGGACCCGCGCGACGCGUUGGAGGGUCUAGAGCGCGCCUUGGAGGACGCGGAGGACAAAGCCAAUGACGGAUUGGGCGAAGUGGAGAACUUGGUGGAGCAGGUGAACUCGAUCGCAGGUACCUGGUUCGACGCUCCAUGGGAAGAUACGGAGGAGCGCAAGAAGCUGCAGCGGACCGGUCGAUACACAGCGGAGGAGAUCACGGAAAUUCUGAUAAAGCAGCAAGCGAUGCAAAAGAAACUGGAUCGCAAGAUGCACCGAGGCAAGCCGCCGGCGAACCAGUACCGCGGCGCGCCGCAUCUGGCUGGCGUGCACGCGACGACAACGGCCCGACUGGAGGCAGUGAUCGCGCAACACCGGAAAAAGGCAGAAGACAACAUCGCGCAUCACGUGAACGAGUGCCGUGAGCACGUGUGGGCCGUCGCGCGCAGUCUGGCGACGCUAGUCGCCGACCUGAGCCGUUUGCGCGGUCUGGAGGGCAUGAUGCAAGCUCGGCUGAUGCUCGGCUUCAGCGACUACUCGCUCGCGACGGGCGCCAAGAACAACAAAAGUUAAGGAUUCGUUGAAACAUUUCACUAUCACUUCUACAACGUUAUAGAUACUUUUCUCCCUUAUACUUAUAGCAUAAUUGCUGUCUAAAAAUGAAUAUGAAAUAUUUCUUUUCAACCUUUAAAAAGGGGCCAAGGGCGGGAAGGCGGCGCUGCUGGCCGGCAGCGAAGUCGAGCUGGUGACGGAGGAGGCGCGCCGUAGCGAUCUGGAGCAAAAGCUGCAGCUUUGGUCUACGCAGGGCUUCACUAAUAUGGACGAAGCCCGCGUCGUGUUCGGAGAUCAUGCAGAGGUGACAUCGCCCGAAAGAGUUGCGGCUACCUUUCGAGCGGGUAUGCGCGCGGCCACGCCCCCGGGAGGGACGCAACUUACCAAUUCAGCUGCUGCAGUGGAAGAAGCCAUGGGGCGAGCUGUAAGACAGCUGAAUGAGUUACAAGACGUGCCGAUUGGAGCAAAUGACAUUGGCCGCAUCGUCACACGAAAGCCAAAAGAUGUUGUUGAGGCCAACAAGGAUGAGCAAGGUGCAGGAGCUGUUGCUGGUGUUGGCCUAUCCUCUUUUGCUGUCGCAGGAGCCCUUGUUCCAGCAUCGGGAGGUGGUCCUGGUGGAGGUAACACAGGAGGAGAAGUUGUCGUGGCCGAGCAAGCGAAUCGUGAGCAUAUGCGUUUCGAGAGGAAGACGUCCGCAGAAAGUUUGGACCGCGUGAAGCAGAGAAAGCUUUCGCAUGUCAGUCGCGUGAUUGUGAACGUGCGAUUGGAGGCACCGGAACGCAAAAAUUUCCGUACUGCUCUCGAUGAGCAAAGUGCAAAGGAGCGAUUGGAACGCAUGAGGCCUGCGCCUCCAGUUGUGAAGAAGGCAAGGGUGGCCGCAGCUGACGCGCAAGUAGGUGACCAUCAAGACGCUUCUUCUCCUUCGAACCAAGUAGAGGUGCCAGCAUCUCUGACAGGAGCAGCGCGUGGCGCAGGUAUGAAGCAGUCGCCGAAGAAGGCAUUGAAUAUGUUAAGGCUUGCCGUAAUUCAUCUUAAGAGGCAUCUUUGGGCUUGGGCAGACCGAUUUAUUCAAGAAUGCACUUUAUAAGAUGAAUAUCUUUAUUAAGGUGGUCUAAAUAUCAGGACGCAUUCAUCUUCUGCUGCUGGGUUGUUAUCUCAGUCACCCUCUCCCGACGGAAAGCACCACAGCGACAAGGCUCAAGGCCCUGCGAGUGUCGUGCAAGCCAAGGCGCUCGCCCAGGGGAUCCGCAGCAGGCGGGAGGUCAAUAAAAUGAACAGCAUGAAGGAGAAGAGCAGGAUGGCAAAGAUGGCGUUAAGGCAGAGCAAACAGCAGGGUGCUGACGGCCCUGCUGGACCGCGGUCAGCGACCACGCUGUUAAACGAGGAACCAGAGGAACCUAGUGUCUCCGAGCACUUCCUGCGUGUCUUGCAGAAGUGCCGUGACACAGCCAUAGAUCCGAAGCCCGGAUCUAUGCCCGGGGCGCAAGCCAGAAUACAAGGGUCUCCAAAGGUGAAGCGAAGCCAGAGUCGACGGAACAACAAUGAGCAGGUAAGCAGUGCACCCGAAACGUCAGAAAGCCAUCCCUCGACUGCCUCCGCAGGGGCUGAAGACACAACGAGCAAGUCACCAAAUCAACGCGGUGGAAGGAACCGAGGACAAAGUCCUUCGCGAGGCAAGUCUGGAAAGAAUACAGCUGGCAGCAGAAGUUCUAGUCCAAUCACGAUGGGUAAUAAAAGAAAAAAUAACAAAAAUAAAGGCGGCAAGAACAACAACUACUCUACACGCACGGACCCGGCGCAAAGCGGUCUGGGUCUUUCGGCGGCGCAGCAAAUGACGCUGUGGGAUCGUGGAGUGGCCCAGGGGAAGACAUUUGUCUACUAUAACGAUGCGAAGGUCCUCGAUGGAGUAGACAACUCAUCUUCGACCAUGUUGAUGGGUGGCAACAUGAAUCCAGACGGUUCUCGAAGCGCCCUGGGGAGUACCUUCGGAAGUACGAUGUUCCCCGGUUCCUCGUCCGACCAGAUGGGCUGGUCCAGUAGCUCCUUCGCGGGGUCGACGACCUUGGCUGGUGCGAAGAACGAAAUGCCAAUGCCAAUGGAGACCUCUAUGACCUCCUUUAUGGGAGGAGCACAGGAGAGCAGAAGUAUGCAAAGCACCUUCCUGUCCUCUUCGUCGUCUUCUACGCAGUUAGGUGCUGCCGGAGGGACCUUUGGCGUUCCAGGGGGCUUCUUCAACACGCAGCAAUCCUUCCAGAGCGCCUCGUUUGGCGGGAACAACAACAACAACAAUAUUAAUUACACGACGAGGAUGAGUUCCAGCAAAACGAGCUUCACCUUCGUCGACGGAAGCAACAGCACCAUUUUACCUUUCUUCCGCGACUUGACCGACAACGACGAUACCGUGUUACCGAGGUUACUCCGGGAUCGACUAUUGGACUUCCUCGUGCGCAAGCCACGAGUGAGCGUAAAAUAUGCGUGGAUGCUGAGUCGGUUACGGCGUGGGCGCGAAGACAAAGGCCUGAUGCCAACAUCACCCGGACAGUCCUCUUCCAAAUUUCAACAUGCAGGAGGCGGGUCCAUGACAAGCUCUAGCACGUCCUCGAUCAAGAAUGUAGGAGCAGUAGGAGGUCAACAUUCCUCGAACAAGACUGUUCAAGGUCGUCAACAAAAGAGUGUGGAGUUCACUUUCGGGCGUGACACGGGUAGUCCUCAAGAACUCUUUAACGGAGGAGGUGAAAGCAGACCAUCAUCUCCCAAGAUGUUGAACAAGAAUACUUCAUCCACGACAUCUAGCGACUCGUUUGUUUUUUGCAAGACCACGAAGAAUCAUACUUUUUUCCGCACACCGAAGAGUACGGGACGCAACUUCCCUGUUUUCAAGGAUUCGAUGCUACAUGUUCCGCAGGAAUUGCGCGAGCCGGCGGAGAGGGAGCACCGCGCUGCUGUGCUAGACCAACGGUUAAGGCUCUCCAUAUACGAAUGUAUAAGUCAAUUUUGAUGCCUACAACAUCCUUGAAAAGUAUCUAUAGCGAAGUAUUUCCACCAUGCGAGGAUACUUCUCUUCAAGGAUGCAGCAGUUGAAAGAUGAACGAGUACUAGUACGGAUAGAUGAAGUUCUAACAUGGCGAAGGGAAAGAGUGUACGACCGCCAGGAUGGCGUUGCUUUCGGCUUGGAAAAAGACUUCAUCCCGCAAGUGAGGCAGACGAAGUCAGUGCUUGGUCUUUUGACGACAAUGCGAGUAGACAAUCUAGUUGGCUCAAUCGGCGAUCGAUGGCGCAUGCGGAGCCCUACUGCACAGAAACGAAGCAGCGGAUCACCCAGUGCAGCAGGAAGCGUCAAAGACGCGGCUGCUAGUUAUGAUUUUCAGACGUGAUAAUUACUGAUCAUUGUACUAGAAGAAGAUAUUAUUUUUCUUGCUUGAUGAAGAUGGUAACCAUUUUUGUGUUUUCAAUUACACGCUCAUCUAUUCUGUUUCUGAGACACAACUGCACGACAUAACUCCUAUAAAAGGUACUAGAUGAUUAAUUCUUAGUCUUCGACUUCAUUCACUACAUUGAAGACUCCCAUUCUGAUUCUGUCAGGUGUCUGAAACUGAAUGAGAUUUCGACCAAAUAGUUGAUUCUAAUCCACCGGCAACCAGACGCAGAGCAGUCUGGCUGAAGCGUUUGGUGCGGGUCCGAGUUCGAAAGUGGAGUUUUCUAAGCCACGCAAUACGUACAAGACCGUGGAUACGUUCCCUAGUGUGACGAAAUACUUGGCACGUUCUUUAACUGAACGUGAGCGCAAGUUGCAGAGGAAGCGACGCAACGCUUUGUUCAUGAAGGACACCUUGAAACGCGAAGCCAAGCGGCGGCGCGAACUCGGCGGCGUCUUAGCCGGACUGCACCGACAAGUGAGCCGCAUGAUCUUCGAGGAACGUUGUAUCGAACAAGAGAAUCCAGGACACAGCUACGACAGUAGACUGUACUUCUCGCAUAAGCUGGCGUACCCGAUGCUGCGGAGAAAGAGCGUCCGAAGAUUCGAACGCGAGCUGAAGAUCCGCAUGUACCUCAAGAAGCCCUCGGAGCUGAUCGAUACGCAGAAAAAACUAGGAGGAGGACUGGGGCGUGCGAAAGAAGAGAACCACGCCUUCUUGCUCAACCAGAUGCUGAAAGAUUUAGCGAGAUUACCAGAGUACAAGGAGAUGCGGCAGCGCGUACCUAGAAAAGAACUGCCGACGGAUCCGGAGGAACUGGCGCACUACGAGCAGCUCUUCGUAGACGAGCCGAUAGUCCUGGCGCCUCCGGUGACGCACAACGACAGAAUCGUAUUCGUGCGAGAUCAGAGUGCAGCGCCAGCGGUCAUGAACCCGAACGCGAUAGCAGGAAAAAAAAUGGGCCAGGCUGUCAGCGCUGAAGAAAUAGAACGACAAAUGAUUCCCAGGGAUAAGCGCACCGGGAAAAAAUUGAGGUACUUACUUUUACAUGAUGGAAAUAUUAAAUCCUUUUGUUCUUCCUCGAGUUCGAACGGUGAGUUCAGCAACACUUUUUUAGUAUUUUCAACUAACAUCGUACGAUUCUUCACCAAGUUUUUGUAUACCUGUUGAAGUUCGCUUUGUUACCUCAAGUAGUGCAUACUUCUGUUAUUAUUUUCAACAUCAGUUAAAAAGAAAAUGACACUCAACCAAUUACAUCAUCAAGCACUAUCACAACGCUGGAGGGCUUCCAUACCUAAAAAUAUUCAUUUUUCUACAAAUGAUACUAAAAAGGUACAUUUGGAAAGAGCAUCGUGAGGAGGCAGAGGUGAUUGAUCCUGCCGGUUUCUUCCAAUCAGUCGAGGAAUUGGGCGAGACGAAGGCCCAGCAAGAUUUCAAGCACGGCUGGGAUCGUAGUCACAAGCAUAGGCACAUUUUGAGGGAAGAAAUGGUGCCAGGAUUCUAUAGGGUCCAGAAGGAGCAGGAGAGACGGGAAAGAGAACGCCUCGAACGUGUGGCGCAAGACGAACUCAAGCAUGCGAAGCGACGAGUGAAAAAACUCGAAAAAGACAGGCAUCGUGCAGAAAGAGAAGCAAGAGGUACUAACUAGAGAAUAGCAAUUUUUUAACUUGAUUUUUAAUAUUUGAUAGUUGUGAUCUUGAUGCCGGGUCGUUAGAUGAUUAGGAGAGAUUUUAGGAGUAGUUGAUGUUGAGCAGGUCAGACGAGCACACGCAACUACAUGAAUUUUUACGAUCAUGCUAUUCAUUUUUGAUUGAUGUACUACAACAUGGAAACAGGAAUGACAAUGACAAUACAACGAACACUUCAGCCCGAGAGGAAGCCGAAGCAGCUGCUCUUGUGGACGAAGACGAGCUUCUAUUGCGUGGCACAGCUAAUAUGACUCUCAGAGGGGCUUUGUUGCACGAGAGCGAAUCAUCUUCGAGCGCUUCUGCAUCCGCCUCUGCCAACGAGAACGAGGAUUCUGCUCCUGGGGAAACGUCUUCACGACCUACCUCCAUUACGGCUAGUAAGUAGUCACAGGCACUUGUAUCCGGUGUUGUGAGGUAUAAUCUCUCCUCCUGAGUGGAUUCCCCGUACGUAGCAGGAGUUAUUCAGGGGACGAGUAGUUUCAAGAGGGAGAACGAUCAAGGGGAUCUUCCACUUGUUGAGUACUUAGAAGAAUCACGGAUGGUGGGUGACUAGCGUUAAUUCCAGCAAGAAGCUGAAGAAAAAAGGCAGCGUCGCUUCUAGCAAUCUCACUGAGGAGGAUGCAGAGGAACAGAGGAAAUAUGAAGCAUUGGUCGAGAAGUACGGUCAGGAAACGGCGGAUAAGCUGCUAAAAGCACAGCAGCUUGAAAUCGUGGAGUUUCUGCCGCCAUAUAAUCCGCGAGAGGAGACGGACAUGUUCUACUCGCCAUUAGCGAAGCACGCAAGACAGAUGGAGGAGGCGAACAUGAUGGAUUCGAGGUAUUGGAAAUACCGCAUGGGCAUGACUGCGCUAUUCAGUUAAGGCUGUUGGACUAUUGUGAUUAUUUGAAUUUGUUCCACCAUGCAUGGAUGGAUAUCAAUCUCUAUCAUAUAUCUUGUUGAAGCCUAGUUUUGAUAUCUUGUUUAGAGUUUGCAUGGACGAGUUGUUUACUUAGUGAUGAAGAAGUAACUCAUGAUGAACAAGACAAGUACUAUACUAUAGGAUUAUAGUGAUAGAACGAACUUCUCCCCUAUGGAAAUAAAAACUAUACUCAUUCUCGAAAACCGAUUUAUAAAAAUUUAAAUUAGAAGCUAGCAGAUAGUAGAUACUUAACUAGCUAGUUAAGCUGGAGGCCAGAGGCGGCAGACUCCUGGGUCGGCGUGGACCACGGCGUGGAGGAUCCUCAGGUAGACCAUGAAGGUGGCCUGUGUCUGAUGAUGACGAAAUGCAAGGCAAAGUCGCAAGAUCCUUUUGUCAUUCUCGUUGUGGCACCAAGGUGGUGCCACAUUUCAACAUGAUAAAAGAUCUUGGGACUUGGCUUUGCAUUUUCCGUUAUCAGCUGACACAGGCGAGCCUUCGUCUCCUGUGAUACAUUCCACGCCACGGCCACGCCGCCACCGAAUCUGCUGCCUCUGGCCUCCAUUUUAACUAGCUAGCUCAAUAUCUAAACACUAAAUUAAAUAAAAUUUUUAAAUAUCGUUUUUGAGUUUGAGUACACUUUUUUCUUCCAUAUCCCCUGCUAAUGCCCGAAAAAAGCAAAGAUUGCAGGAGGUUUGGCGGCAAGUCUGAGGGAAAACGACUUUGACGAUGAAGAGGACACCACUCCUCCAGAAUCAGGAACGAGCUGGAAUAAGGGAGAUCAACUCGGAGGGACCACGCAGCCAACUAGUCCUGAUAACUCUGGAGUGACUGCGGCAAAGGGUGGGAAAGGUAUUUUGAUGCAUUUGAAUAAUGAGUGCUGCACUUCAAUUAUAAGCAUGUUUUUGUAGUACUGUUUUGCUUUUGCUCCUGUUUUGAUGUUGUUUGUGGUCCCUUCUAUCACGAGGUGCUCCGACUUAGUCUACUUAGUGCAUGACUCGUGCAUCUCUUACUCAUUCGACGCACCAAUCUCUCCAUGUUGAUUCUACUCACCACGACAGGAGCACCCGUGGCCGCUGCUUCACCCACAACCGGGAAGCGAGGCGAGGAGCAGCCUGCGAGCCCUGCUUCCCAACCGCGCAGUCCUGGCGGUCUCCAGAGGAAAAAGGUUCCGAGGUGGACGCGUGAAGGCUUCUUCCGUUUCCUCACGAAGGAAUUGCGCAUAGCUUCGUGGAAAAUACCCAAGGAUAACAGUCAUAGGAUGGUGAAGCUGAUGGAUAGCGUUCUAGAAGAGAAUUACGCUAAGACCUUGUGGCACGGCGUAAGCACGUACGGUGCCCAAAACCUCAUUGCGCCUGGUGAACAAGAGGCGGAAUUCAAAAAGGUUCUUCUUACCUGAUUUUGUUUGAACUUUUGAUUUGGAAGAAGUGGUGAGGGUGAAUGGCCUUCAGGUCACCUUCGAGAACGUCAAUCUUUCUGUAUUGAUUCAACAAAGAAAACUUUUCAAGAGUUUUUUUUAUCAAGAAGUGACUGCACCUGCGCAGAUGAAAACAUGAUUCUCUUGCACACGCGACGUCUAGAAAUAUAUGCGGAUCCUAAUUUGCAUGGCCAUUAGUUUUCUUUACCUAAAGUUUGCACAUUCACCAUUUGUUGUUUUAGGUUUUUUUCUAGUUAGGUUGGCUCCACCACCACUAUUAUAUAUAUCUUUUCUCUUUAUUCUCAGACUCACUCUUUCCUCAUUCACUCCAUACAGUUGAUGCAGAAGUAUGGCAUCGCGCAGGGAAAGAAAUUGAAGGCAGUAUUGUUGCAUCGCGCUGAUUCGUUGGCGUCGCCUACCUCUCCUGGAGGAGCUCCCGAAGGAGCCGCACCUUUGGACCAGGACACUGACGAGGAAGGUGACGUCGUCAAGGGGUUCGGAAAUACUUUGCUGGCUAAUGUUAAAGCAGCGAGCGCAGCGAAGACUGAUUAAAAGAAGACCUUGAGGUGUUGACGAGUUGUAGAAGAACAAGAUCUACGUGCGUACUACUUAGAUUAGAGAUAUCCAAGAUACGCCUUACUUGGAUUAGAGAUAUCCUUAUCCAAGAUACGUCUGCUUCUAUCUCUACCUUUUCUAAUAAAGAUGUUCUACUACUUCUCGGACUUGGGUAGUAGUAGAUAGUUGGGUAGGAGUAGAUAGAGACCAUACUGUUUGUUACUGAUGCUGAUACAACAAGACCGAGACAUAAAAACGAAAUCUUCGAGCCGUUCAUAAGUCAAAUAUUAAGUAGAGUUAGGCAUAAGUGCGCUCCUUCUGUUAUUUUGAAAAUUUCAACUUGUACAUAAAAUUUGUUGUGUAGAAUAAGUCCACGUCAUGAGUAUCGACACCAAUAUUGCACAGGACUGAACACAAAAAGUUACUAUCAAUUGAUGACACGCAUAAAAAACAGUUAAAUUCCAUGACGAAGUAGCACUUAGGCAUAGACAGUAACCGAGUAACUCUGCACGUAGCAUCUAGUUCUAGAAUUAUAGAACAUAUAAGUAUGAGAUCACCUGGAUAAAACAUCGUAAGCAGCAAAUUAGACAGAUUGUUAGUCACAUCAUACAAAUGCGAUUAAUCAGUGAAAAAAUCAGAAAGUGGAAAUAGCGUAGUACGCACUAGUGCCAUAAGUACUAGUAAGUGAUUCAUGAGGUAGUAGUACGACAAAUGCGCCACUCGUGACAGCGUGUAAGUGAGUAUCGAGGUUGUAGGAGUGAGCAUAUCCCUAGAACAAGUAUUAUCGCCAAAAGCAGAGCAUCCUGAGAAUAACACGUUAUAGCCCACUUCUGCCUCUGGUGAGUAGUAUAGAAAAAUAUCUGAAGACUCCAGACUAGGAUAUUGCUAAAGAGAAAAAACCGACGAGGAGGACUUUAUGGAAAUUGAUAUUACCUAGAAGUAGGACCUUGACCUUAUUCAUCAUGCAUGUAUAGAAACUCUUGUUUGCCGCGACAACCAACUUCUGCGACUCUCCACCAACAAUCAAAUUGCACCACGAGCGGAGAGAGGAACAGUGACUGUAAUCAACAGAAGCAAGGAACAAACUGAUAAAAGGGCAUACUUCUUAUGGUC